AUGGCCGAGAACGGCACCGAAGGGACCGAGUUUCUCCUAACGGGUUUCCCCGGGCGGCCGGAACUGCAGAGGGUCCUCUUCUGGGUAUUCCUGGUCCUUUACCUCCUCACCCUGGGGGGCAACCUGGGCAUAGUGGGGCUCAUCCAGGCGGACGCCCAUCUCCAGACACCCAUGUACUUCUUCCUCAGCCACCUCUCCCUCCUGGACGCCUGCUACACUUCGGUCGUCGUCCCUCAGAUGCUGGCGGCCCUGAGGUCCGGCGGCGUGUCCGUCACGUCCGGGCGAUGUGCGGCCCAGUUCUUCCUCUUCACGCUGUGCGCCAGCACCGAAUGCUUCCUCCUCGCGGUCAUGGCCUACGACCGCUACGUGGCCGUGUGCCACCCCCUCCUCUACGUCGCCAUCGUGACCCCCCGGGCCCGCUGGGCGCUGGUGUCCGGGGCUUACGGGGGGGCGAUGGUCAACACCGCCAUCCGCACGGGCUGCACCUUCUCUCUCUCCUUCUGUAAGUCUCACCGCGUGGACUUCUUCUUCUGUGACCUCCCUCCCUUGCUGAAACUGUCGUGCACCGAGACCGGGGCCCGGGAGCUGGUCAUCUACCUCCUAGCUUUCUCCGUCAUCACGACCAGCGUGACGGUGAUCCUGGUCUCCUACCUGUUCAUCGUCAAGGCCAUCCUGUGCAUCCGUUCGGCCGGCGGGAGGGCCAAGACCUUCUCUACCUGUGGCUCUCACGUGACCGCCGUGGCUCUGUUCUUUGGGACUCUCGCCUUCAUGUACCUGAAAGGCAAUAUGGGCCAGGCCCUGGAGGUGGACAAGGUGGUAUCCGUGUUCUACACCGUGGUCAUCCCCGUACUCAACCCCGUGAUCUACAGUCUGAGGAACAAAGAGGUGAAGGAGGCCCUGAGGAAAAUUCUCCAAAGGACCAAGAUCGCGCAAGGGCCGUAA